AUGGCUCAACCACAGGACAUUACCUACCGCGGAAAUUGUGUUUGUGGUCGGUACCGGUAUGAAAUAUGCUUGCCUGAUGUGAUAGAGUCUGCCUCCUCUUGCACCUGCAGCGUCUGCCUGAAGAAGGGCUACUUGUGGCUUGUCCCGCCCAAAGGCAGUUUCAAGGUAAUCAGGGACGAUGGCUGCUUGCGGGAACACAUGUCAAAAGUAAUCAGUCACAAGGAAGCCUAUAUUGGAGUAUACCCGACAAAAGAUCAAGUUCAAAUCUAUGGCCGAGAGAAAGGAUGGGAAUACAGUGGAUUGAGAGCUGAACUUGGAUCUCUGAAGAUGGGGAGUGUAACACACUGCAGGCGCUGUGGCGUGCACGUCUUUACAGAUAUUUGGGGUCCACCCAUCACUAUCUUUGACAAACUACCCCCGGAGAGAAAGGCCCACGCUCUUGAGGUGUACCACAAGAAUAUCAGUCUUCUUCCGCUCAACGUGAGGGCUGUUGAAGGUUUCAAGCUACUAUCGGAGAGCCUUACCAUCAAGAGGUCAGAUGAGGGCGCCGAGGGCUAUGCUGAGCUACUCGAGCCCUGGCAAACUACAAAAGAAACAGAAAAGAUCAGUGGUGACCAAGCUUCAAUUUAG